GUCAGAAGCUAGAAAUUGUCCUGCUGGGGAAAAACAGAUCAGAAAUCUGCAGAGUGGGGAACUUCAUCCUGGGCAAAAAUGCCUUUGAUACUGAAGCUCCACCUCCUUCAGUAGAGCAGCACAAUGAGAAAGCUGGAGGAGUGGUGGAGGGUAGAUACAUCACCAUCAUCAGCAUGCCUUACCUGUUCCAUCCUCAGCUCUCUGAAGAAGAGCUAAAUCAGAGGGUGAGAGAGUGUGCAGCUCUGUGUUCUCCUGGACCUCAUGUUCUAGUGCUGAUUCUACAUCCAGGCGACUUCACAAAGCAAGAUUGUGACAAAAUUAGAACCAUAUGGAACGCUUACAGCUCACUCUCCAUGAAAUACACUGUAGUGGUGACUACAGGCGAAGGCCAUAGUUCAAGUGUCCUCUGGUCUCGAUUCAUUAAUGAGAAUAAUUUGAAACAGUACAGAUAUGAAGACAUAUCUAAAUUUGACAAAGAUCAAGUUUCCCAGCUUUUGAAGAGCAUAGAUGAGGUGGUUAGAGAGAAUGAAGGAGAUCACUUGACCUGCAAAAUGAAUGAAUUAAUGGCAGAGAGGGAGAAGCGCCCUGCAUUAUUGCGGAGAGGCCAAGCCAUAAUCAAAACGGCAAAAAUAUCCAGCGAUAAAGAUGCUGGAAUGAAGAGCCAGAGGGACAACCCUAAACCAACAGUAUCUGAGCUGAAGAUACUUCUGCUGGGGAAAAGCAGCUCAAAGAUCAGCACAGUGGGGAACUUCAUCCUGGGCAAAGAUGUGUUUGAUACAAAAGCUCCGCCUCCUUCAGUAGAGCAGCACAGUGUGAGAGCUGGAGGAUCGGUGGUGGGAAGAAACAUCACCCUCAUCAACACUCCUCACCUGUUCAAUCAUCAGCUCUCAGAAGAACAGCUGAAUCAGAGAGUGAGAGAGUGCAUGAAUCUGUGUUCUCCUGGACCUCAUGUUCUACUGCUGAUUCUACAUCCAGACAACUUCCCUGAGGCAGACAGACACAGACUGGAUCACAUCCUCCGCUCUCUGUCUAAAGACCCGAAAAAACACAUGCUAGUAGUAACAACACAGAGACGGCAGUCAGUCUCUGGUGAAUAUAUAGUUGAUGAGAACAUCAAUCAGAUCAUUGCUGCAUGCAACGAAAGGCAUUUCAAGUUUAGCAGCGAGUGUAGCCAUUCUGAUCUACUGAAAAUGAUUGAGAUGAUGGUUGAAGAGAACAGGGAAGGGCAGAGUAAACAGGAAGUUCCACCAACAAGAGAACAGCAACAUCUCAAACAAAAACCCCAAAGAGUGUAUGAACAGCCUGUGAGAGAGAAGAAAACUUCUUCACCUGCAACUGAACUUAAAAGCAUUGAGAAAUCAGGAUUACACAGUUGGUUCCAGCGAAUAACACAUAGUGGCAAAACCCCUAAUGGAUCUCAGAGGCUGAACCUGGUUCUGUGUGGGAGUAACAGAGAGCUGAAGUCCUCCAUAUCAGAUCUUAUUCUGGGUCAGCGAGAGCGUAGACCAGAGUCCAGAUCGGUGUGUGUGAGGAGAGAGUCAGAAGUAUGUGGACGUCUGAUCUCCCUGGUGGAGCUUCCAGCUCUCUACAGGUCUCAGCUCUCAGAGGAGGAAGUGAUGCAGGAGACUCUCCGCUGUGUCUCUCUCUGUGAUCCUGGAGUUCAUGCUUUUCUCCUCGUCCUGCCUGAGGGACGCCUCACUGAUGAAGAUAAGAGAGAAAUGGAGAAGAUCCAGAACAUAUUUUGCUCUAAAGUUGAUAAUCAUUUAAUGGUUCUUUUCACCACGGAGCCUGCUGUUAGUGGGAACACAACAAAUUUUAUAAGACAUAACAAAACCGCCAAAAAACCUGCUGACAGUUCUGGACAAAGGUACAGAAUAUUGGAAACAAAAGUGGGGAAAAACUCUAAACAGGUUCCAGAGCUAUUGGAUGAAAUUGAAAAAACAUUGACAACAAAGCCAUAUUCUCUAUACAUGUAUGUACAAGCUCAAGAGGAAAGAGUUCAACAACAUCUUCAAGAAAGCCACAAAGAAGAACUGAGCUUAAUGCAAAUGAAAGUCCAGGAAUUAAAGGAAAAGCUCCAGACAGAAGGUUAUGAAGAUGAACCACUGGAUUCAACUUGCUUGAGGACUGUACUCAUUGGAAAAACAGGAAGUGGGAAGAGUGCAACAGGAAACACCAUCCUGGGAAAAAAUGUUUUUGUGAGUGAAGCUAGUAUGGUUUCUGUGACAAAGAUUUCUCAGAAAGUAGUUGGAAAAAUUCAGGGAAGGACAGUUGCAGUUGUCGACACUCCAGGACUCUUUGAUACCACACUGUCAAAUGAAGACGUAACAGAAGAAAUUCAGAAGUGCAUCUCACUGUCAGCACCCGGACCCCACGCUUUUAUCAUUGUGCUGAGUGUGGGAAGAUUCACCAAUGAAGAAUUGGAAACUUUAGAUCUAAUUAAAAAGAUAUUUGGUCCAAAGGCUGCAAACUUCAGCAUAGUGCUGUUCACCAGAGAAGACGAUCUCAAAAAUCAGCCCAUAGAGCAAUACAUAGAAAAUGGUGACGGUAGAAUGAAGAAGCUGAUCCGAGAUUGUGGAGGUCGGGUCCUGGCCUUCGAUAACAAAAACGAAGACAGCAACCAAGUUUCUAAACUGCUAAAACAAAUCGAAAAUUUGAUCAAAUCAAAUAAAGGCCAACACUUCACAAAUGAAAUGUUCCAAAAGGCAGAAAUGUCCAUCAAAAAGAAAAUGGAGGAAGUUCUAAAAGAGAGAGAAAAAGAGAUUGAAGCUGAAAAGGAGAAACUUACAGCUAAAUACAACACUGAAAUGGAAAAAAUUAAGAAGACACUGCAGGAAGAAAAAUUAAAAUCUGAAGAGGAAAAAUGGAAAAUGGAGAAGAAAUUCAGCGAAAAGGUUGAAGCUUUUCAAAAAAAGUUUGAGGAAAAAGAUGAAACAGAGAGGAAGAAGCGGGAAAUGGAAGACAAAACAAGAUCGACGGAAGAACAAAAGCAAAUGCAGAAACUGCAGCAGAGAAUUGAAGAGCUGGAAAAAGAAAAUACAAAACAGAGGGAUCAAUUUGAGAAACAGCUGAGGGACAGAGAUGAAGAGGAUAAAAAGAGAGAAGAGAGGUACAAACAAGAAAAAGAGAAACUGAGAGCGGAACAAAAUCGAACCCUAGAGGAUCUGAAAAAGAGACAGGAUGAAGAACUUAAAAGGAGAGAUCUGGAGGAGCACAAAAGAAAAAAAGUUGAAGAAAAUGAGAGACAGACCUGGGAGAAAAAAAUAAAAGAAGCUGAAAAUGAAAGAAAAGAGAUACAAGAGGAUCUUAAACGACAACAGAAGGAGUGGGAGGAAGAAAAGAAACGACAGAUGAAAGAACGAGAGGAAAAAGACAGACAAAGAAAACUGGACCAUGCAAAAGAACUUAGAGUAAUACAAGAAGAACAAGAAAGAAUGAGAGAGAAAUUUGAAAAGGAGAGAGAACAAGAAAGAUGCAGGAGAGAGGAAGAGAAAAAACAGUGGAGGGAAGCAGAGAAAAAAGAGAAUGAGCAAAAAGUGAGAGAGUACGAAGAAAAGAAAAGAGCAGCAGAAGCUGAGAUGUUAAAAAAGAAGGAAGAACUGGAGCAAAUGAAGAUGGAAGAAUGCGAAAAACGAAAACAGGAGGAUGAAAAAAGAAAAGAAGAAGAAAAUGAAAGACUGCAGAAACUCAGAGAGGAAAUAGAGAAAGAACUGCAGGAGGAGAUAAAGAAGAGAGAGAGUGAAGACAAAGCUAUUAAAGAGAAUGAGAUGAAAAAGGAGAAAAUGAAAAAGGAAUUUGAAAAGAAAAUGAAUGAAAUUAAGCGUAAAUAUGAGGAGGAUGCCAGAAAGACAGCUGAGCAGUUCACUGAUUACAAAGACAGGAAAGACAGAUACAUCCAAGAACUGAUUGAGGAACAUCGAAAAGAAAUAAGCCAGAAGUGUGAAGUCUCGCAGAAGACUCUCUUUGACUGGUCAGAGCCUGACGACAGCGGUUAA